CUGCGCCUGCUGCUCCGCCGGGGGGAGCCGCCAGCCCCCGCCGCCAGCCCGCUCUGCCUGAGCCCCCGCUCGGGAGGAGGGACGGCGAGCCCGGCACUUGCUCCCCGCCCAGGAGGAGACGAGCUGGAAGCGCCCAGCCCGAGCCGCGGGGACAGAGCCCGGGACCCUGGAGCGCCCAGACCUGCCGGGAGGAGCCGGGGCUGCAGCCGCCCGCCGUUUCCCUCCAGGACUCCGUGGUGGACAUGGGCAGAGCUCUGACGCACACUCUGGUACUGUCCAUGGUGCUGGGCUGUUCAGCUGUCAUAAUGGAUCUCCUGCUGCCAAGCCCUGGGGAGCCAGUGGUAAAUGUGGCUGUGGUAUUCGGGGGCUCCUCAUACCCUCUCCACAUCCGCAACCGUCUGACUCACCAGAGCUUCCUGGACCUGCCUCUGGAGAUCCACCCGGUCACGGUGAUUGUGAAUGACACCAACCCCGGCACCCUCCUGACUCAGAUCUGUAACAUCCUCGCCAGUACCAAGAUCCACGGCAUCGUCUUUGAGGACAACAUUGGCACAGAAGCUGUGGCACAGAUCCUGGACUUCAUAUCCUCCCAGACCCAGGUCCCCAUCAUCAGCAUCAGUGGGGGCUCUGCUGUGGUCCUGACCCCCAAGGAGCCUGGCUCUGCCUUCCUGCAGCUGGGAGUCUCCAUCGAGCAGCAGAUCCAGGUGAUCUUCAAAGUCCUGGAGGAAUAUGACUGGGGCUCCUUUGCGGUCAUCACCAGCCUGUAUCCAGGGUACAACAUCUUCGUGGAUGUUAUCCGUUCCUUCACAGACGCCAGCUACUUUGGUUGGGAACUCCAGGAUGUCCUGACCUUUGAGAUGACCCAGGAUGGGAGCAACUCCAAAACCCAGCGGCUGCUACGGCAGAUUGAUGCCCAGGUGAUGAUUGUGUACUGCUCGCGGGAGGAGGCUGUGUACCUCUUCCAGGUGGCGGAGCAGGCAGGCUUGGUCGGGCCUGGCUACAUCUGGAUUGUGCCUAGCCUGACGGUGGGGAACAUGGAGAUCCCGCCUGUCUCUUUCCCCGUCGGCCUCAUCAGCGUGGUGACCGAGAGCUGGAAGAUGAGCUUGAGGCAGAAGGUUCGGGACGGCGUGGCCAUCAUUGCCACGGGGGCUGAGAGCUACUUCAGGACCCACGGGUACCUCCCAGAUGUGGGCAAGGACUGUAAGACGCCACCUACCACCACCGCCAACAGCACUUUCUACAGGCACCUGCUGAACGUGACGUGGGAGCACAGGGACUUCUCCUUCAACGAAGGUGGCUACUUGGUGAGCCCCACCAUGGUGGUGAUCUCACUGAACCGGCAUCGGCUCUGGGAGAUGGUGGGGAAAUGGGAGAAGGGGAUCAUCCACAUGAAGUACCCAGUGUGGCCCCGCUAUGGCUCCUUCCUGCAGCCCGUGUCGGAUAAUCGCCACCUCACCGUGGCCACCCUCGAAGAGAGGCCCUUUGUGAUUGUGGAGAACACGGACCCGGCCUCUGGCGUCUGUGUGCGCAACACCGUCCCCUGCCGGAAGCAAACCAACUACACCAACAGUGGGGAUGGACCUGUGGACCCCUACACCAAACUCUGCUGCAAGGGCUUCUGCAUUGAUAUCCUGAAGAAGCUGGCCAAGGCAGUGAAGUUCUCCUACGACCUCUACCUGGUAACCAAUGGAAAACAUGGGAAGAUAGUGCGUGGCAUCUGGAAUGGCAUGAUUGGCGAGGUAGGGGGACAGGUGUACUACCAGCGAGCGGACAUGGCCAUAGGGUCCCUCACCAUCAACGAGGAGCGGUCUGAGAUCGUGGACUUCUCUGUGCCCUUUGUGGAGACCGGCAUUAGUGUCAUGGUGGCUAGAAGCAAUGGGACAGUCUCGCCUUCUGCCUUCCUAGAGCCCUACAGCCCGGCGGUGUGGGUGAUGAUGUUCGUGAUGUGUCUCACUGUGGUCGCCAUCACCGUCUUCAUGUUCGAAUAUUUCAGCCCCGUCGGCUACAACCAGAAUCUAACCAGUGGCAAAAAGUCCGGCGGGCCCUCCUUCACCAUUGGCAAAUCUGUCUGGCUGCUGUGGGCCCUGGUCUUUAAUAACUCAGUGCCCAUUGAGAAUCCAAAAGGCACCACAAGUAAGAUCAUGGUGCUGAUCUGGGCCUUCUUCGCAGUGAUCUUCCUGGCCAGUUACACAGCUAACCUGGCAGCCUUUAUGAUCCAGGAGCAAUAUAUCGACACUGUCUCUGGGCUGAGUGACAAGAAGUUCCAGCGGCCCCAGGAGCAGUAUCCCCCGUUCCGCUUCGGUACCGUUCCCAACGGCAGCACAGAGAGAAACAUUCGGAGCAACUAUCCAGAUAUGCACACGCACAUGGUGAAAUACAACCAGCGCUCCGUGGAAGAUGCCCUGACCAGCCUCAAAAUGGGGAAGCUGGACGCCUUUAUCUACGAUGCCGCUGUGCUGAAUUACAUGGCCGGCAAGGACGAGGGCUGCAAGCUGGUGACCAUCGGCAGCGGGAAGGUCUUUGCUACCACCGGCUAUGGCAUUGCUCUGCAGAAGGAUUCCAAGUGGAAGAGGCCGAUUGACUUGGCCCUUCUGCAGUUCCUGGGAGACGGGGAAACCCAGAAACUGGAGACCGUGUGGCUGUCGGGGAUCUGCCAGAAUGAGAAGAACGAGGUGAUGAGCAGCAAGCUAGACAUUGACAACAUGGCCGGAGUCUUCUACAUGCUGUUGGUGGCCAUGGGGUUGAGCCUGCUGGUCUUUGCUUGGGAGCACCUGGUGUACUGGAAACUGCGCCACUCUGUCCCCAAGUCGCACAAACUUGACUUCCUUCUGGCCAUAAGCAGGGGCAUUUAUAGCUGUUUCAAUGGAGUCCAGAAUCUGGAGACCCCUGUUCGUGUUCGCACUCCCGAUGUCACCGCUAACUCUGCCCAAGCCAACGUGCUGAAGAUGCUGCAGGCUGCCAAGGACAUGGUGUCAACAGCCACUGUUGGGAGCUCCCUUGAGAAUGCCACGCGCACCAUUGAGAACUGGACGAACCGGAGUGAAAACCUCCAGACCACGUUCUCCCUUCGAACUCCUCAGCUUGUUGUCCAGAACACCAGUGUGUCCAACAGGCCACCCUACUCCUCCAAUGUGGCCGCAACAGAGAAGCUUGGACGGGACUGUGCCCAGAGGACUGUUCCACCACCCAUCCCUGCUCCCCAACAGCCCUUUGUGGACUCCAGGCUGCCAGCUAAUGAAAACUGGAGGGCGGUAAAUGAGCAGCCUCCAAUACUUCACCCCCUAAAGUUUAGAGGAAGCUAUUCUGGGGAUAAAGUUCUUCCAGGUUCCACCGUGGGUGGCUUUCCGCACCUCCUGGUGAGAACCAUGCCUCCAUCCCAUUUCGGGAGCCACGUGCCCCUGGGAAACCACCUGAGCACUCCCCUCUCACCACUGAAAACUCAAAGGGAGCUUCCCCUCCCAGACAUCUACAAAGAGCACAAGCGCCCUGUGUCCAGGGGAGAGGAAAAGAGGCUCCCACCAAAUGUUCACCUGGUGUAUGGGGAAGGAGGACACAGGGGCCCAGCCCAGCUAGCAAAGCUGUUUUCCACUUCCGAGAAGAGCCCUUUCUUGCCUCCCGACUGCAUGCACAGCUCCUUCUCAAAAGCCGACAGGCCUUGCAGACCCUUAGUUACUGUGUUCAAGGAACCGGAACCAGUGGAGCUACCUCUUCUGGGCAAGGAGAAGCCGAACAGGAGAGCCAGCCUGCUGAGGUCUGCCUGGGAGCAGAAUGAGAAACACCAUUCCCUAGGCAUCCGGAGAUACAAUGGCCAGUCUUCCGCCCGAGGGGAUGUGCCAGAUCUAUUCCCCAAAGCUGGUGUGGUGCUGAGGCAGACACCAAUGUACUAUCCCACUGAAGCCCUCAGGCCCAGUGCUAUGUGCAACAGAAAACGCAUGGAGGCAAACUCCAGGCUCUCUUGGAAAGGACAGCGGUUCCUGCACUCUCAGGCGGCGAGGCUACCCUCUUACGGGGAGGCGUGCCUACAGAAUGCCACCGGCAUGCACCGGGCCUCCUCCACCGUGGUGCACAAACAGUACGCGUACAUGAACUCCUAUACGAACCUGCCUAUGUACUUGGGGCGGCUUUACCAGGGGCCUCCCCCGCUCUGCGAACACUCCAGGACCAGCCAGCCCUGUGUCACUCGGGCUCCCUGGGCACCCAGGAGCAGGGACUACUUGGUCCAGGAGGACAGCCGGAGGACCAUGUACUUCGACAGCGUGUACAGAGACUGUACAGAGCGAAGCAGAGCAGAGCCGUCCUUCCUCCAGAUGGUCAAUACGGAGAGGAGGGACCUCCUGGCAGCCCAGAGAAUGAACAGUCCUUACGCUGCUCGGUCCUGGAGACGAAUCUCUAGCCUAGAGUCUGAGGUGUGAGGGUACAGAGGGGGGCAGGGUUAGGGCUAUUGUUACUUGGCCUAUAUCCAUGUUACUGCUGUCACACACCAUCUGGAGAUAACAGCUUCAGGUGUGAUUCUUGGGGAUUGAUCCCAUAAAGGAGACUCUCAAAUCUCAGUCCAUGAGUUCCCCCUGCUCUUUGGCACCAGCCGAAAGAUCUUUUCCCAUUUCUUCAGCUACUGGUGGACCAAAAAAUAAUAAAGCAGCAGCUAUUUGAUACGGGGCACAAACCUAACUGUAGAAGGCACUUUAAUGUGUGAAUUCUGAAGUCUUCCAUUGCUGGGCACUGGGACUUAACAUGGGCAGUGUGAUGCUCUUGGCUGUGUCUUGUCCAAUUGAAAUGCUCAGGCAGUCAUAUGUGGCUAUAGCUAUAAAGUAUCCAGUACAAUGUCAAUCAUUUAUUUUUGGUUCCAGUUAACCGGGGGGCACAUGCCCACAGCUCUGCUCUUUGUGAAAAGAUGGGGACAUCUUCCAGCCCUGCUCCCCACCCCCUAACUGUGACUGUCCGGCUUCUAACGCUGCACUGCUUUAAAUGGUCUGCUAAUGAAUGGGGACCACACCAGGGACAGGAACACCCACAUUCCUUAGGAUAGUUUCAAUAGUUUUCUUCACAUUUUGGUUUCUUAAAGCGAGAACUCACAAGGCCAUGCCCAGGUCAUUAAAGAGACGUUUUAAAUCUUAUUUCUCUAAUUCUGCCAUCAUUCUGAACCAAACUCAGGGUCAUUUUUGCCAAGGUUUCUACUGCUAUCUAACAUGCAGAGAGCCGUCUUUUCAUCCCGAAGGCCUGCAAAUGGUUAAGUGACUGAGUCAGAUUCUCAGCUUGUGCAAAUCAGCUGAGCUCUAGUGAAAUCAGUGGCUUUACACUGAUUUACUCAUGCACACAAGCUGAGGGUCUGACUAGAAUCCUGCACUUGUCUCUCCAGCCAGGCCCUGGGGCCUGCACCUACGUCCACUCACUUCGGGAGCAGGGACCAAGUCUAUGUUUUCCUGGAAAAGGGAGUGUGUGAAAUGGUAACUGGGAUACAAGGUGGUAGCUGUCUAACAGGAAGCUGUACCGGAGGCGCCGUCUUUGAGUUGUCAGGGGGUGCUCGACCUCCACUCCAAGCCCCACUCC